AUGACAGUGCCUGCGGCUGGCACAACGAAUGCGGAGACCACGACGUGCGGAUGGUGCAACGCGACGGCGUCGUGUGUGGGGCUUGAGCUGAUCGAUGGCGUGUUCCGAGGCGACUGCCCCGACACAUCGGCGUUGUUUACCUUUCGCAUCAACUGCAAGGACUCGACGCCACUCGACGGCGGAUCGGGCCGCGAAAGCAUGGGCGCGUGGAUUGACGCGUACAUCGGCAUGGCUUGGUGGAUUCACAUGGUGUACAUCCUCGCGCUUGUCAUCUGCAUCAUCAUUGUUGUUGCCUUGUGCUGCAUCCGCACCAUCUCGAAAAGAGAGAAGGAGACGCGUGAGGAGCGGGCUGUGGCCGCACAAGCACGCGGGCAAGACACCAUCCGCAGACUAGUCAGCGCAGCGCAGUCGGCCGAGACCGCGCGGGCGGCAAGUGGCGAGACGCUGCCGGAUGCCACCGCACCGGUGGCGCCGGCGAGUGCGGCGGCAGCGAGCGCGAGUCCCGGUCCGGCUCAGGUGCGGACCGGCGGCGACUUGCAUCUGUUUGAGAACCGGAUGUUGGUGCCCGACAUGCGAAAGGAGGCCGAGGAGCGCGACCGCAUGCACCAGGAGGCACUGCGGCGAGCGGCGCGGGUGGAAGCGGGGAAGGAGCCCGGGUCGGGCGGAUCGUCGAGCUCAGAAGAGGACAUCGACGCCGCGCUCCUUGAUCUUGAGCAGCUCGACCUCGACGUCGACGCCAUCGCGUUGCUCCAGCGGGAGGACUCGGCAACGCUUGCCCGCGACAUGCUCAACGACUCGGCAUCGGCGGCAUCGGUCGAUGGCAUGGUCCCCAACCGGAGCAACCAUGACAUGUCGUCGCUGCUGCGGCAGGCAACCAGCCAAAUGCGCUCGCAAUCUAGCCUCCGCGAGCUCCAAGCCUCGUCGCCUGGCGGCGCAGACUCUGAUUCGGCUGUCGACCUCUUGCUCAACCUCAACGUCGCCACCCCGCAGCGGAUGCGGGUGGCUGCCCAUGGCGGGUCGCACGAAGACGAAGCCUCGUUCUCAUACUCGGCGAGUACCUCGAGCGACCAUCACGAUGUCACUGUUGAUGGGUAUAGGAUGGCAACAUGCUCGUCGAGCUCGGGCUCAGGCUCCGGCUCGAGCUCGGGCUCGAGCUCGGGCUCGAGUGCGAGCUCGACACCUGCUUCGGCGACCUCAGAGCUCUAG